UUUUCAAAAGAAUAUAUUUUUUGUAAAGUAGACAAAUUUUCAUAUAAAUUUUAAUCUUUUAAAAAUUUUAAGCUUUUUAGAACACUCGAUUAAUUUCGAUUAAAUUAUUAUACAUUUUUACAGUUUCCUGUAUUCUUUAAAUCAGUUCUACAGAAAUGUGAUUUAACUUUAUCUCCUCAACCUGUGUUAAAUUUUUUUUCUUAAAUAUUUUAUUUUAUGUAUAUAGUAUUUUAUUUCUACAAAUAAUUCUUGCUUCCAUCGAUCGAUCCUCGCGGCGUUUCUAAGUAACUGAUUGUCGUUUACCUUGGAUACGUGAGUACUAGUAAGGAUUAAUAAACCAGGCAAGCUCUUGCAUUAGAGCGAAAAAUAAUUGUUGAAUUACUGAAGGCUUCUAUACUGAUCGAUUUAUCGUUGUCGAACGAAAAUCAACAUUAUGCCGCUUCAAUUUGAAGCAAGUGAAAAAAAUCCCGACGACAAUGAGGUACCGAAGUAUCAAAACACUUAUCGCAUGGAACCACAGAAUUCGUUCAAGAUCGAUCUGGUGGACAAGAUCGUGAGAUCGGUGAUGAACAAUCGUCUGGACGAGAUCAUGUACGACGAUGCGGAGGCCGUGAAAUUGUGCGGCGACAUCGCGGCGGAGAUACGACGGCGCGUGAAGAAAUUAAACUUCGAUAGGCACAAGAUUAUCGUCACGGUCAUGAUAAUCGAGAAAGCCAGCCAAUCGGUAGAAACAACCCUUAGCUUUCUAUGGGACAGCGAAAGAGAUAAAUAUUCUGCCUUUUCUUACGAGGGUCGCACUUUUCACGCUCAGUGCAGCGUAUUUGGUAUCUAUUACGAGUAACACUUGCUGCAAGCCUGUGUUUCCUGCGUUUUUCAAUAAAAUCUCGGUUACGAAAAAAAGUUUAUCACACAAAUAGGUAAAGUUUUGCUCUCGUAAAAUUUUUCUAUUUGCGAUUACGCGGAAUAAAGUGACGGAUCCAAUUGUGAAUCACAUAAGCUUAAAAUAAUUUUUAUUUAAUUCGCAUUAUUUCAAAAAUGAUUUUUAAGUAAAAGAUCUAUUGUAUUAGUCUACGUUUCUUAGACGGAGCAUUAGCCUCAAAAUAUUACUUGCCUAAAUCACGGGCGAAUGAUAUUUAGAAAAGGAUAACGCUUCGAUAGUAUAUUACAUUUCACUUAAAAAUUACUUUCCUUUGUUCUUCCUUUCUUUUCUAUGAAUAUAUGGAAUAAUGGAAAUAACAAAAUAUUUUUAUGUAGUAAAUGCAAUCACAAUUGUAACAAAUGUGAUGGCAUUACUUUUUAAAUAUUUUUUUGCUAUUUACAAGUAAUAAUAAUUAGUAACUAUGCUUUGCAUGAUUAAAGCAAUUAUUAAUGUACAGCACCGAAAAUUACUAUAAAUUAUAAUUAAAUUAAGGUAAUUACAUUCUUUUUUUAGCGUAAUUAAUUAAUUAAUUAAAUCCUUUUGUUAUCCUGAUAUCUAUGUUUCCAGUUUAGAUUAUUGGCCACGCAACCCACCUUUGCCAGCAUGUUGUCCUUUAUAAAAGAUGCCUUUUAACAUUAGCUCCGAAACAACGUUACUAAGUUUGUUAAAAACAUGCCAUCCGUUUGCGAGGCCAGAAGUAAGUAAUCACUCUUUGAGUAACAGUUUUCAAACGUUAAAUUAUAAAUUAUCAACAAUUAAUUAAUUAUUUAAUUAAUUAAUUGUCAAUUAUUAAUAGCAAAUUAAAAAAAAAAAGUCGAGUUUGUGCAAAGCAAAUUAGAGCAUUUCAGAGAUUAAUAAAUUAACACAAACUGUUUUGUGUGUUUAAAUAAAAUCUCAGUCUCCACAAGUCUAACAGUUUUUGCUCUUUUCUUAUUCUUUUUGAGAAUAAUUUUAAUAUAUUCUAUUAUAUAUAAUCGUAUAUCUUAAUAAAUGCUUUUAUUUUAGAUGCGAUGAUAUCUGAACGAGAAUCCUUUAACUUUGCAAGGCUGUGAAAACGAAGUUUGUGAUUGGGCGCAGUGGAAGAAGAAGCUGAGUGAAAUUGCGUAUAAUUGUAGAGCGGAAAAAAUUUGUCUAGAUGAUGGCCUACAAUUUCAUUUUUUUAACAGGAUACGCUAUCAUUCCAUUACUAUUUUUCAUCUCCUACCGCUACAAGAUUGAAUACGUAGAAUGCCACUAGAAUCGAAAAAGGUGCUUUCGUAAUUUUCGUUUCUCAUUUUUGAUUAAUAAAAAAAAAAAGAAAUAUUUUGAUAUUAUUUUUAUCAUUGUAAUUAAUUUUGUCACAUAUUUAUACGUUUUUAAUAUUCGAUACUGUACAGUAUGUAAAAGUACUGAAAAAAGCUAGUGUUAAAUCGAAUUAAAUAAAAAGAAAUCUAAUAUUAAAUGUAAGCAAGAAAUGAAUUAUUUAUUACAUUGUUUUAAUCUCCUUUAACCUAAGGUUUAUCUUUGCGAGAAACAAUAGUCGGCGUUGUUUAAAAAUUAUUAAUUCAACAACUGCACAAAAUCCUAUCGGACUGAUCUUGCUGUGCUUAUGUUAGACAGAAUGACAUAAUUUUAAAUUGUUAGAGUUUUUUAUUUAAAUUCUAUAAAAAUAAUGCAUUCUCACUUCACAAAACUAUAGAGAACAAAUCAUGUCUCACUAAAGAUCAACCAAAUGACUCUAAUAAAUAAAAUAAAAAUUUACACUCAAAAGUCUUCUCAUUUUGCGCAUAUUAUAUUCACGAAAG